CUGAGGUCAGGCUGGGCUGCGCUGCCAGCGCGGAGCAGCGGGGCUGAGGUCGCGGCAGACCCGGAGCCGCGGGGGCGGGCGCGGAGCUACGGCGAGCGCCUGGCUCGGGCCGGGAGCGGCUCCCUCCCGCCGGGAAGCCGGAGGGCUCGGCGGGGCCCUUCCAGCCGCUGGCAGCGGGAGAGCGGCGAGUGCGCGGAGCGGGGCGCCCGGCCCGCCCCGCCGCCCCGCUCCUCCAUGCGGGCGGCGAGCGGGGCUGGGGCGCGGGGCGCCGGGGGCAGCACGCAGCGGUGCUGAGGCCGCCACCGGGAGAGACGAUGGCCAAAUGGCUGAACAAGUACUUCAGCCUGGGCAAUAGCAAGACCAAGAGCCCUCCGCAGCCCCCGCGGCCCGACUACCGGGAGAAGCGCAACGGUGCCGGCAGCGCGCCCCGCCCCGAGGGGCCGCCGCACCUCCACCUCCACCACCACACCUCGCCCGGCUUUUCGCGGCGCCGUCUGCGCGACGACACCAGCGACCUGCUCCGCGCCUAUCGCGCCCAAAAGGACCGCGACUUCGAGGACCCCUACAGCGGGCCCGGCUCGUCCCUGCGCAAGCUGCGCGCCAUGUGCCGCCCGGACUACUCGGCGCCCGAGGACCUGGGCGAGGCAGCCCUCAAGGCUUCCUCCUCCUCCUCCUCCUCGUCGUGCUGCGCCACGCCUCCCACCGCCGGCUCCCCGCACCUCUUCCGCAGCCACAGCGAGCGCCGCCCGGCGACGCCACCCGAGGUGAAGUACAUCUCCCCCAAGCACCGGCUGAUCAAGGUGGAGAGCGGCGGUGGAGGCAGCGACGGCGCGGGCAAGAAGCUCAACAAGGGCUCCAAGCAGCCGACGGCUGCUGCCCCCUCUGCCAUGAAAGAUAAAGUAUUGAUAGCUGAUGACUACUCAGAUCCGUUUGAUGCCAAAAGUGAGUUGAACAGAAUGGGCAGAGGGGAGAACACUGGCUAUAUGGAACCAUACGAAGCCCAGAGAAUAAUGGCUGAGUUUCAACAGCAGGAAGGCAUGAAGUCCCAUCAGAAAAACAUGCAGCUCUACGACACACCCUAUGAACCAGAAGGCAGUGGCGUGGAAUCUGAUUCUGAAAGUGUGGUGAGUCGCCGUUUACGAGAAAGCAAAUUGCCACAGGAUGAUGACAGGCCUGCAGAUGAGUACGAUCAGCCGUGGGAGUGGAACAAAGUCACCAUCCCAGCUUUGGCAGCCCAGUUUAAUGGAAGUGGGAAACGGCAAGCAUCUCCUUCUUCCUCAAGUGACCAGCACAGGCAAUUAAGAGCACCUGGAGGAGGAUUUAAACCCAUCAAACAUGGCAGUCCAGAAUUUUGUGGGAUCCUGGGAGAGAGAAUAGAUCCAACUAUUCAGCUGGAAAAGCAGAUAUGGUAUCAUGGAGCAAUCAGUCGGACAGAUGCAGAAAACCUGUUACGUUUAUGUAAGGAGUGUAGCUACCUUGUAAGAAAUAGUCAAACAAGCAAGCAUGACUAUUCUCUUUCACUGAAGAGCAGUCAAGGUUUUAUGCAUAUGAAGCUGACGAAAACCAAAGAGAAAUACAUCCUGGGUCAGAACAGCCCUCCCUUCGACAGUGUUCCUGAAGUCAUCCACUACUACACUACAAAAAAGCUGCCUAUCAAAGGAGCAGAACACUUGUCCUUGCUCUACCCUGUGGCUGUACGGACUCUCUAAUAACCUAGUCUCACCCCUUCCUGUGGAUGGGCGGUGAGAAAUUCUGGGUUGCACAGAAUUCAGAGCUUGAGUCUAUGAUGGAGAGAGGCAGCCUUUAGUCUUGUGAAUGUGGGCUCUCUGCAGAGUUGUCUAUGGGACUGUGUGUGUGAUACACUUGUGCUGCAGCAUGCCUCUAGAACUAUAUUGCUGCCUAAGAAAAAGAAUACUUAUUUUAGUGCAGGGAGAGCAGAUAACCUUCCCAGACCUUCCAUGUGAAUGAAAGUGCUUCCCAACAAAAGUUCUUCCUUUGAGAAGAAUCAACAAGUUCUUCUCAGCAUUAAAAAAACAACUUUUAUUCUCUUGCUACCCUGAGAAACUUCUCCAUGAGAAAGAGUAACCUUACUCUGAGGGACCCUAGGGUGUUCUUGAUGGACCUGAGAAGGAGCUGCUUAGCAAGCAAGUCUCUGGCUCUGGUUGCAUAGCUUGAUGGGUUUGGGGUUUUUUUAAUGCAGUUUCUUGGGGUAGUCAAAUAUUGAACUUCUGUUAGACACACAAUCUUAAAAGAAUUUUGUGAGAGCAAAUCAUGGUCAAUUACUUAUGAAUAGGGGAUGUAAUUAAACAGUAGUUUGUUAUAUAUUUUUAUCCUUUUUGGUACAAUAAUCUCUUAAUGUUUACUGUCUUCAUUUGCAAGUCUCAUUUGUAGGUACAGGCAGCUAAUUCUGUUUGGGGCAGUUACACCAUAAUGUUUUAAGUAGUUAGGAAAAGUAAUUUUGAUAUGUGGGUUAGUAUUUAUGCAUGAGGGUGGUCAAAGGCUUUUAUAAAGCUUUAGUAGGCAAAAUCUUCACUUGCUCAUUCAUCUGGAUCAAACAGCUGUCCUAGUGAUGUAGCAGGCUAACAUGUGUAUCACACUGCCUUUCCACAAGAUGGCUUUAGCAGCUGUGAGAACUGCAGUAUGUAGCAGAGCAGAAUUUGUUUUUCUGGUCUACCAAGGCAUUCUUAAGGCACAGCCUCAUUGGCACCUACCUUCUGGCCAGUGCUCUUUUUCACCAUGAGCAGAAGCCUGCCUCCUGCUGUAUUUCAGGCAGUCAGCCAGAAGCACUGUGGAAGCUGUUCUGUAUCUUAGUCCUGCCUACUCAGUGCCCAUCCACUUGGGACAUAUUUUCUACAUGCUCUGUGUGCUCAUUCAGUGAGAUAAGUGAAAAAUUAUAAUUGUACACAAGCUGGAACUCGGGAAUCUGUAGCCUUAUAGUCCUCGUGUUGUGCCAUCUCCCACAUAUGUCUAGAAUGUUGUGCAUUGACCCAUCAGCUGGUAUAGUAGCAAACUGGUUAUAUGCAGGUUAUGUAUUUUACAGACAGCAAUAGGACUGUGAAAUUGUGUGCUAUUUAAUUCAGCUUUCUUAGCUACUACUAUUUUUUAAUGUAUGCUUAGAAAGAAGUGCAAAUCUGAAAAUUGUAAUGGAAUAACCACUUACUGCCUGUAAAAGUAGUGCUUCAUGGUAUUGUCUAAUUUGGUAAGAACCUCAAGGAUAACCCAUAUACUGUCACUGGUGCUAAAUAUUCUGUUUCCUUUUAAGCCUGCCUUAUUCUUUAUACGGCAUCCAAUGCAGAUUGAACAGAAGUUGAUCAUAUGUAUAUGAAGAGCCCAGUGUCAUUCUGUGCAGCAAUGGUAGUGGGUCAAACUAUCUGUCUCACCCAGAACUGGAAGCUGCAUUGAAAUGAAAAAUUUUCCAGUUUUCCGAGGAGGGUGGCACAAUGGAGGACAAAGAGACAACAUUCCUCUCCAAGUGAAAACAAACAUCCCCUUUUCAUGUGCUCACCUACCUGCUUUUUUUUAUUUUCCUGAAGUCUUUAUUCUCUUAACAUCACCCAACUGACAAGAGCAUACAGGCACUUUUAAGUUAUUAUAUUCUCUCACCAGAGUAGGAGUUUAUGAAGGUGGCGGAGUUCACACAGAUUAGGAAUCAGGUGACAUCUGCUCUGUCUUGGGUCUUGGCCUUUGUGGACUCAAGCAACACUAUCAUGCCUUUUGGGACAGAAAUAUGUCAUAUUUCUUCUUUUGCAUGUUGAUUCUGGCAUGAUUGCUGUUCCAUGGUCCAUUUUUCUUCUUAAAAGGGAAAAAAAAAGUAUGCUCCUACUCUGUCUAACAGCAAUUACUAGUAGAAACCAAUAGCAUCAUUAACCAAGGCCUUGUUUGGCUUCCUUAAGCACUUUGUUUUUAAUUCAUGGGGAUAACUAUUGUACCAGGCCUUUCUUGUCAUGGGUCUGAUCAAAAGUCAGAUGAAGCCAGCAAGUGCCAUUUCAUUGCUGUCUGCAAAUUUUUGGUUGGGAUCCAUUGCUUCAUACAAAUCAUGUGAAUAUGCAUCGUACAGAGGAGUAUACUGCUUAUUACAGCUUCAAGGAUCAGAUCAAGGUUCUUGGUUCAGCAAGAAGAAAUCAUCUCAGAACGUAUUGGUUGUCCAUGGGAAGGUUUUUUUAUUAUUUUUCUAAAAGACUUUUAGAAAGUAUUCAGUAAUUGCAGAAUAAAUAAACCAGGAUUUUGUUUGCACUGUAAUGUUGUCUUUGUUUAUUUAAGUGAUUGUAUGAUAUUUUUCCAUUGAAGGAAUAUUCUUCCCAGAUUUUUUAAUGUACAGUGAAAAUGCAGUGUGUUAACAGUGUGUAGAAUUGCGUAUAGGUGGAAGAUCUUGUAGUGAUCAUGCCUAUAUAGCACAUUAAAAGUUUAUUUUAAAAAAAAA